AUGAAGGAAAAAAAUAUAACAAACAUUCCCAAAUUUAAGAAGAAAUUAAUGACACAAUUUAUAGAGUUUUCUCUUUAGUUUAGAAUUUUGUUUGAAGAUGAUAUCAUUUAAAUACCUCCACUCAUAUUUUCAUUUACCAUAAUAUUAUCAUACCUUUAAGAAAUUAGUUUUCUCUUUGAAAAUUAUGAUUUAACUGAUAAUGGCUCCUUUAGUUUUAUAAGAUGUUUAAUCAUCAUUUCAAAAUUCACUAGACCUUAUUAAAUUCUAGACGAAAAAUUUUUUAGAUUCUCAUACACAAUACCAUUUGUAAUUAAUCUUAUUUAUUAUUUGUUGAUGUUUAAAUUAUUUAUCACUUAUAAGUUGGAAAAAUCAAGAAACCUAAAACUACUAGAAAUGUUUUAUUAAUAAAAUAGAUUCUUUAUAAUUUUAAUGACAAUUAUGACUUAUAUAUAAGCAUUUCUCUUUCACCUCAUUUUUGUUAAUUAAAUAGAAUUAACUGUGAUUUCAAUAUCUUAUAAUUCUAUAUUAAAUGAUAUCAAUAUUGGAAAUUUAGUAUUUGCUAUUAUAACCCUUAUUAUCGUAAUCAUAAAUAUGAUUGUAUAAAUGAUAUGUAAUCUUGAAUUUAAUUAAAUAUCAAAACAAAAUUUUAGUGUGCUGCAAUAAGGUUUCUGUUUACAUUGGCAAUAGAUGUCAAUAUUACUUAUUAUUUUAAUCAAUUAAUUAAAUACAGAUUUUAGAAUUAAAUUUUAUUUAAUCUUUACUUUGUUAAUCUUAAAACUAAUAUUUUCUGUUUAAUCAUAACUAUUGUAUUUUAUUUCAUUGUUUAAAAAAGCAUAUAUUGAAUUUAUUGGUUUAACAGCAUAAUUUACUUUUCUAAUUAUUUUAUUAAUUUUUUAAAUUCAAUAAAAUGAUUUUAAUAAUAAAGAUUCCUUGUUAUUUAUAAUCUCAUAUCCAUUACUUAUAUAAAUUGUCUUAAAUUCCUUUUAAGCAUUUCAUGAAAGAAUUAUAACAAAUAGAAAAAACACUCUAAAUCCUUAUGAGCUACAAUAUAAAAUAGCAGAGAUUUUCUUAAGAUAUGGAGUAAUUUGUUGCUCUUAAAUAAAAAAUAAAUAAUAAAUGGCAUAUAUUUAUAAUUUUUAUAUUAUUCAUAAAGAAACUUGUUCAUCCAAUUUAUGUUAAUGUUGUUCUAGUAAUUUAACAUUUGAAUAGAUUAUAACAUUAUUUUUAAAGGAAUAGAUACAAUAAUUUGGAUAAGUGAUAAACGAAUUAAAGGAUUAACCUUUUCGUUAAAGUAUGUUCUUACGUUAUUUAUCUUAUAUCAGUUAUUUGGGACAUAAUACUAAAGCAUUCUAAUAAUCUAAUAUUUAGACAUAUAAUGAGAGCGAAAUUAGGUAUUAAAUUUAAUACUCUUUAGUUCAAGAUUAAGUUUAUAUGGAAAUUAAAGAAGUGAAACAUAAAAAGUUGAAUCAAGUCAUAGUUUAGAAAAGAAAAGUUAUUCAUAAUAAAGAUAAAGAAAUGACUUAGAAAAUGAUGAAUUUAUAAGAAUUAAGAUUAUAAAUUUAAGCUUUAUUAAUCAAAUUAAACUUAAAUUACUUUAAGAUUAUAUAAAAAAGUCGAUGAACAACGGCUUGAGAAAAUAAAGCAUAAUGUAAGAAAAUCUUGAACAUGCUGUAAAUUUAUUUUUAACGUCAGAAACAGCUAAUUAAAGAUUAAAAGAAAAAAUAAUUACAUCUUUAAAUAGAAAGAGACAAUAUUUUAAUAAUAUUUUAUCGAAUACAGGAUCUAUAUUUUCAAAUUCUAAAAAUUUACUUAUUAAAUUUAAGAAAAUAGAAAAUGAAUUAUUAAAAUUAUAUGAUUAAUUUCCAAGUAGAAAAAUGCAAGCUUUAAAUACAUUUCUAUAAGCAGAAUUAAUGAACAAUUAUUUUUCAGCUUAUAAAUUGAAUACAGUUGCAUCUAUUUCAGAUGAAAAAUUACUUAAAAUGUAAUCAUAAAUAUCUAUAGAUUUAUUUUCAAGUAAAUUAGAUUAUAUUAUAUUUGGUUUCGAUUAAAAAUCUCAUUAUUUAUAAAUAUAAUCAACAUCAAAUCUUAUCCAUCAAUUUUUUGGAUAUACAUAGGAAUAAUUUAAAUAAAUGAAUUUUAUUGAAGCAAUUUUACCUUAAGGUUUUGAAUUAAUCCAUCAAAAAUUAAUUUAAAAUUUUCUUUAAACAGGAGAAUCAAAAUUUUAUAAAUAAAUUAAUUUAAGUUUUUGUAGAACAACAAAUAAAUGUAUAAAACCAAUAGAUUUCUUUUUUGAUAUCAAUUUAUCAAAUUUUGAAGAUUUAAAAUUUGUUGCCUUUCUUUAGGAUACUUAAAUUUCUUCAGCUUUUAUUUUAUGUUGUGAAAAUAAUAGAAUACAAUGUAUGACCAAAAACAUUGGAUAAAAAUUAGGUUAUGAAUAAAAAUAUAAUUAUGAUUUAGUUGAUUUGUUAUAUAAAUAACAAAUUAAUAAGUUAUUUCCAAGAUUUAAUAAUAUUUAUGAAUCAUUCUUAACAAAAGCUUCUAUUAUUUAAAAGUAUUAAUAAGAAUAAAAUAAUUUUGAUGAUAAAUAAACAAAUUAUGAUGAAAGUGAUUCUUAAAUUUAAAUGAUUGUUCCAAAUGUUCAAAUAUUUGAAAAGAAAACACAAAUAAAUUGGGAUUAGAAUGAUCAUAUUAGUUAAUUAACUGCUGAUGUUGUCUUUCAUUUAAGAAAUAUCAAAUAAGAAUUGUUUUCUUAUUUAAUUGUAGAAAUAAGAGAUGCAAAGAAAUUUAUUUAGACAGAAUUUUCAACUCCUUUUUAAACCGAAAUACCUUUAAGUACCAAUAAUAACUUAGAAUAUCUAGCAUAAUUAACAGAUAUGGAUAAUAAUUUUGAUAUAAUAGAAGAUUAAGAAAGUUUUUGUAUAAAUCCUCCAAAAGCUUUAGAACUUUUAGAAAACUAUGAAAAAGAUACCUAUCAUUUUGGAUAAAGAUUAAAAAUUAAUUAAAAUGUAAAUAACUCUAAUUCUUAACUUAUUUAUCCAAAUAUUUCUAUUGCAUUAGCCAGUCCAAAGGAUAGUGCUUCAAGAUUAAUUGAUGAAAAGUAAGAUGUUUCUUUACAACAAAUAAAUAACACAGUUUAAAAAAACAAUAAAAAUAAAUAACACUACUUUUCAGCUUUAGAUUAAAAAGAGGAUUAUGAAUCUAGCCAUUUUAUAAGUAGUAUCAAAGAAAAUAAAUAAAUGAAUAAAAAUUUAGAAUAAUAAAUAUAAAUAGAAUAAAUUGAUAAAGACUUACAAGAUAACAUUAAAUAACAAAUGCAAAUUAAAAAUUAAAUUAAUGAUUCUAGUUUGAUAUAAUAAAUUGAAGAUGUUUCUGAUUCAAGUUCAUUAGCAGGGAUUAAAAAAUCUAAAUUUUCUAAAAGAUAUGAAUUAAUUUAAAAAAUUAUAAGUUCCAAAAAGUUUUCUCUUAAUUUUUUGAAUAUGAAAUAUAUGUUAACCUUAAUGUUUCUUAAUUUUUUAGUAUUUGGAUCAAUAGAAACAUUUUACUCUAAUUCAGACUUACUUCAAUUCUUAAAAGAAUUGGAUUUACUUUAAAUAAAAGCUAACAUAAUUGGUCCAAUUGACAACUAUAUAGUUGGAUAAAAUGCUGUAACAAACUAUGCUACUUUAUAUUAAGAAAACUAUUUAACAAGAGAAGAAGCUUUUUAAAAAGCUAUAUAUGCAAAUAAUGAAAUUAAUUAUACUUUUUAUGAAUUAAAGACCAGCUUUGAAAAUUAAUUAUAAAAUCCAUAUCUUGACCCUUUUUUUGAAGAUAGAUAUGUUACUGUAAAAAUGGCAGAUUAUCCAAACACAAUAGAAUAUACCAUUAGAUUGAGAGAAGCAAUUCAGUUAGAAUUAGAGGCUUCAUUAAAUUUUAUAAAGACAGAUUUUUUAUUUAAUUAGAACAUAGAUUAUACCUAAGGGCAUUUUACUUAUUUAUUUAAGAACUUUAUACCAUUAAGAUAAUUAUGUUAAGAAUUGAAUUAAGAAAUGCUCUUGUAUUCUACAACGAGAGCUUCUUUGGUUUCUUAAAAUUGGUAUUAAUUAUUGAUCCCAAUAGUAAUUAUUGGUGGAUUGUUAUUGAUAGUUUGCAUAUUGUUUUAUAAAUAUUAUUUAUAGCAAUAUGAUCAGUUUUUAGAAUUAUUUUCUUAUUUAGAUAUUGUUUGGUUAUAAAGAGAUAUAGAUCGAUACAGAGGAUAUGCAAGUCUAUUAAUGAAGGAUUCAGAUGUUUUAUUUAAAUAUUAAUUUGAUCUAGAUGCAAAGGAAAUAUUUUUAAUUAAUGAAGAAAUGAAAAAAGAUAAGAUUGCAUAAAAUCAAACAUAUUAAAGAGAUAAAUAAAAUACAUAAGGAUUUGUAGGGAUAUAAUAAAAGAUGUAAUAAUUACCUUCAAUUUUUUCAUUUGCUACUAUAUAUGGGAUUUGUUUUGUAUUUUGUUUUAUAUCUAAUUCUUUGGCUUAAAAUUAUUAUACAAAAUAUCCUGAGUCUACUAGAUUUUUUAAUCUUUUAUCUGAUCUUAGUAUGGCUAGCAGUGGAGUUUUUUCAAUGAGAGAAAUUAGUUAUACAAUAAAAGCAGAAGUUUCUCAUAUAUAUUUCUUCUCAGAUAAAAAUGCAACAGAAUUUAUAAAUGUAUUCUUAGAACAUAUCAAAAUAAUAGAUAACUUUUUGGAAGUAUUCUAAAAUUUUGAUUCUUCUGGAUAUAUUACAUCUGAUCAUUUUAUUUCUGAUUUUUAUAAUUUGAUGGCUGAAGAUAUAUGUACUUAUUUACCAGAAGUAUUAAUUAUAUAAUUUUUAGUAUAAAAGAGAAAGUUCUUAAUAACAUUGCGAUUCAGCAUUAGAUGGAGUAAUGCGUAGAGGUAUGUUAGAAACCUUAAAUAAAGUGAGAAGUAACAUUUACAAUGAAUAUGAAUCAUCAAACCAUUUUUAAGUUGAGCUAAUAGAGUUAGAAUCAGAUCUAGAAAUUGGAUUAAUAUCUUAUGAUGAUUUAAAUGCAUUAAGAGAUUAAUUUUAAGUGUAAUUGACUGAUACAACUAAUGAAUUAAUUUCUGAGUUAUCUGUAAAAAUUAAUUAUAUUUUAUUAGUUAAUUAAUAUUUCAUUUAUUGUGUUUAUUUUAAUAAGUAUUUUUACAUUAUUAACACUUGUUGAAUAAUACUUUAAAUGGGAAUUCAACUUAGUCAAGAAUUUUGUGAUUCUACUACCAUAAACAUCUUUAUUUUUAGACAUUUAACUUGAUAGAAAUUUAAGAUAGAUGGUUGUAUAAGAAGAUUUAAUAUGA